AACUCCCUUUUUUCUGCAGUUGAUUAUAGGUACAUGGUGAUCAUGAGGAGUUAAGUAACAGUUUUAAAACACUGGAACACACAUCAUGUCGCGGAGAAAUAUUAAGAACUGCCGUUUGCGGUUCUGUGUUAUUUUGGUUUCUAUACCGUCGCUGCUUAUACUACUGUACAACUGGGGAGAUGAGCUACAAAGUAGAAGUGGUUUACAAGAUAUAAUACAAUAUGAUAAAAACUCAGUUGCGGAAAUCUUACCAUUGAAGACAGAGCGGACAACAUCGGCAACUUACAUUCCGACCAAACCAUUCGACCAUUCCGCACCUGCCCUACCCCGACCCCCGAACCGACAGCUUGGUAUUGGGGAACGUGGAGAUCCCGUCGUACUUGGCAACCUUACUGAUGAUGAAGAAGCCAGACAGGCUGAGUUAUGGGAAUUAUAUGGCGUAAAUCAAUUUCUUAGCGAGAAAAUCUCACUACAUAGAGGCCUUAAGGAGUUUCGACACCCGUUAUGCAUUGAAAGGCCGCCGUUUAAUUACACACAACUUCCAAACGCAUCAGUUAUCAUUGUGUUUUAUAACGAAGGAUGGUCAACAUUGUUAAGAACUAUCUAUAGUGUGCUACAUAACACACCAGAUAUUUUGUUGACAGAAAUUAUUCUGGUGGAUGACGGCAGCUCAAUACAAAACCUGGGCAAACAACUUCACGAUUACGUCAUAAAACUGCCGAAGAUCAAAUUAAUUCGAACUGCAAGGAGAGAAGGCCUAAUGAGAGCUCGACUCCUUGGACUUGCUCAAGCAGUAGGAGAGGUGAUUGCGUUUGUUGAUUGUCAUUGUGAAGUAACACACGGCUGGUUGGAGCCUUUACUGGAAGCCAUAUCUUUGGACAAAACAGUUGUUGCCAUUCCAGUUACUGAUGAUAUUGAUUCAAAAACAUUCCAACAUGGAUGUGUGGCGGUUCAAUGAAGGUAUUUCCCUGCUCACAUGUCGGGCACGUAUCCCGUGACCACAACACAUACUCACGUGCCCCUUUUUGGAAAAACGUGAUGCGACUCGCUGAAGUUUGGUUGGAUGAUUACAAGAGGCAUUUCUACGUUCGAGUUCCACUCUCUGAGCGAAACCAAGAUGUUGGCGAUGUCACGAAAAGGAAAGAGCUCCGACAGAGACUGAAUUGUCACGACUUUAAAUGGUAUCUUGACAACGUCUUUCCUGAGCAGUUCGUACCUGAGGAUAGACCUGGGUUCUAUGGACCGAUUGAAAGUGUAUUGCUUAAAGAUAAUUGCUUGGACGUGAGCUUUGAUGCUACGAAUCAAGCCGUUGUUCAAAUGUAUCAAUGUCAUGGUAUGUCGAACCAGUUUUUUGAAUACACCUCGAAGAACGAGAUUCGUUAUAAUCAAAUCAGCGAGAAAUGCCUAGAUACAAUUGGUGAUGACGUCAUAACUCAGGAGUGCACAUCAGACAAAAUGAUGAACAGUGACACUCAGAUCUGGAAGUUUGAUUUGGGUGGAACUAUAAUAAACCAAGCAACCGGGAAAUGCAUAGAAGCUUCUCAACAACCAAAUCUAAUUUACAAAGCUGUGUUGAGGACAUGCAAUCCACAUUCAGAUUCUCAAAAGUGGAAAUUCUGGAGAUAGUGCUUAGGGUACUCUAAACUUAAGUUAGCAGCCAUAUACCAUCUCCGCGAGGGCUAUAUGUUUCUACCACAACGUAUACCGUACUCAGACCUGCUAAACAAAUCUUGUUGGGUAUAAAUCACUAUAGUAUUCAAUAAAAUCAGGUUAGUUUGUUCGUUAAAACCGGAAGACCGACAGUCGAAGGUGGGAUUAGAAUUUCAACCGAUGUACUUAAAUUACACAAUGCUGUAUGUUUAUUACAAGGAGUAUUUGGAUGUUCUUAUUGUGUAAUAACUUUGAUCUUGUCGAAAGUUUAGGUUACAAACCUUGUAGAAGCAAAAUCAACUGAAUGACGAUGAACACCAAGUUAAAACUUUAUUUAAUGUUUGUUUUCGGUGAUCAACAAAUUAUGUUGCAUUUUCAAGAUUAUUACUGUACUGCGCAAAUAGGUAUGUAUUGAAUUGUUUCAUACCUGUGUCCUUGUUUCAUGACUUCCUUAAUUUCGUAUUUUGCACAACUGCUUUCUAUAUGAAUACACAACUUGUUAUGU